UGGAUGGCACUGGCCUAGAGUGCUGUGUUUAGAGAUAGGGAUCGAUGUUGCGUUUUGCACAUUGUUAAAGUAAUUUGUAUUUCCGAGCGCAAAGGCACACAAAAAACCAAACCAAAAAUAAUUCUUAUAAAAAGAACAAACCAAAAGCUGUGAUAAAAAUUUGUGUUCUUUGCUACGAAAUCGAAUUUAAGUGUAUUAGUGUUCGUCACAAUGUUUUCUAAUUGUUUGGGGCUUAAGGCCCUAUUGCUGUUUUUCACUUUUUGCUUGCUUCUGCAACGUGCGCAAAUGUCGGCAGAUGCGGCAAUAACGGCGAAUCCCAUGCCCAACACCGAAAGUGCCAGCGAGCAAUUGAAAGAGCCCAUGCAAGCAAACGAAAUGAAGAUGACGGCGACUGCCAAGGAAACCAGCGCGGGAAUGUCGGAGAUGUUGAACGAUGAGUCUAUGCCAACGGAGACCGAAACCAAAAGGACUACGGCGACUACGGCGACCACGGCGAACGACAAAACGGCUAGCGAUGAGAAAGACUGGUGGAAGCACAUGAUACUCUAUCAAAUCUAUCCGCGUUCGUUUAUGGACAGCAAUGGCGAUGGUGUGGGAGAUUUGCAAGGUAUUAUGAUGAAACUACCUUAUCUCGCCGAGACUGGUAUUCAGGCCGUUUGGCUGAGUCCCAUUUUCAAGUCGCCCAUGGUCGAUUUCGGCUAUGACAUAUCUGAUUUCAAAGACAUCCACUCGGAAUACGGUACAAUGAAAGAUAUGGAAAUGCUGAUAACGGAAUCGAAACGUUUAGGCAUUAAAAUUAUCAUGGACUUUGUGCCGAAUCACACUUCCAAUCAAAGUGUGUGGUUUGAGAAGUCAGUCAACAAGGAAGACGGUUUUGAAGACUUCUACAUUUGGGCAGAUGCUAAAUUGGAUAAGAAAGGCAACAGAAUGCCACCAAAUAAUUGGCAAUCCGUGUUUUAUGGUCCCGCAUGGACAUGGAAUGAGAAGCGCAGCCAAUACUACCUGCACCAGUUUACGCCAGCUCAACCGGAUCUGAACUUCCGCAAUCCCAAGGUGGUAGAGGCUAUGGACGAUGUCUUACGUUUCUGGUUGGAUAAAGGUAUUAACGGUUUCCGCGUGGAUGCUGUCAACCAUCUAUUCGAAGACGUAAAGCUACGUGAUGAGCCUAUAUCUGGCAAAACCGACGAUAUGAAUUCCUACGAAUAUACCAAGCACAUUUAUACCAAAGAUAUGCCGGAAGUACUGGAUAUGUUGCAGCAUUGGCGUAAACUAAUGGACGAUUAUACCGCCAAAAACGGUGGUCCCGCACGCAUUCUCAUGACCGAGGCAUACGCCGAUCUGAAAACACUCAUGGACUACUAUGAAACGAAAGACGGCAAACGUGGUGCAAAUUUCCCAUUCAACUUUAAUUUCAUUACCGAUUUGGAUGAGCAUUCCGAUGCGCGCGACUAUGUGUUCAACAUUCAGAAAUGGCUGACAUACAUGCCGCGUGGAAACACAGCCAACUGGGUCAUGGGCAAUCACGAUAAUAUGCGCAUGGCCACCCGCUUCGGUCCAAAGCGCGUCGAUGCGAUGCAUAUGCUGAUGAUGACGCUGCCUGGUGUAGCGGUCACUUACAAUGGCGAGGAAAUUGGCAUGCAGGAUUAUCGUGAUAUCAGCUGGGAGGACACCGUGGAUCCACCUGCGCGCAAUGUUGGGCGUGAAAAGUAUAAACAAGUCUCUCGUGACCCGGAGCGCACACCUUAUCAAUGGAAUACGCAAAAGAAUGCCGGUUUCUCUACUGCCGAAAAGACAUGGCUACCCGUCCACCCUAACUACAAAAAUCUAAAUCUCAAACAGCAGAAGUCUGAGAAGAGUCACUACUCGGUGUAUAAAUCUUUAGUAGAACUACGUAAGAUGCCGGCACUUUGCAAAGGACGCUUCCACGCGGAGGUGCUGAACCGCGAUGUCUUUGCUUUCGAAAGGGAGCUCAAGGAUGAUAACUCUAUCAUAACUGUCAUCAAUAUUGGUCCACGCGCUCGCGCUGUCAAUUUGACCGAAGUCUUCGACCUCAAAUACCAACAGAAGCUGACUGUGAUGGUUGCUGGCUCCAAGUCUACACAUGAGACUGGUAAAGCGCUCGCCGCCGAAGCUGUACCCUUGGCGCCCUAUGAGGGCCUCGUUUGCAUGCUAGAGUGAACAAAACAGCUGAUUGAUCCUUUGUUAAUGUUUUUCUGUUUUACUCGAAACAUUUUCCAUCAUAAGUUUGUUUAUGUAUGGGUUUUUAUUAAUUUAACAAGCUUUAUGUCACAUUUUGUGAAUAAAAGAACCUCUCUAAACUAAAAAAA